AUGUACGCUAAUGGUGGUGAAAUCCCCAACUCGGAUGUGAAGGAAUCAAAUGCAGUAGAACAGCAGCCAGAUAAGGUAAAAUAAUAAAAUAAAGGUAUAUUUUAACAAUUAACUUUAUUGUUUUUAAAAUAUAUAGUAAAUGAAAGAAAAUGCAGAUAAAAGGGUAAAGUGCUCCAGUCCACUCCACUUAACGCCUUAAAGCACUCACUGAGGUGUGGAGAAGACAACAGCUGGAAAAACGGGGUCGGUAUCCCGGCUGUUUAAGGACUAUGCUGACCGUGUGUCUUACUCCAGCGAAUCAAAUAUGGCGCCGACUGGUGGAACUACAGACUCGAACCCACUGAGCCCAACAGCAUCCGUGUUAUCCACACACUCCCUGGACAUGGAUGUUAAAGAACUAUUGAGGAACCUGCCAUCCAGAACCGAUCUGGCAACAAUGUUAGGGAAACUGGAAACCACGUUCCAGCACAAGAUGGAAGGCCUCAGCUCUGAGAUCCGACAGGUAGGGCGCAGAGUACAGGACCUGGAGGAUGAAAGGGGAUCCUUUCAAGCCCAAAUACAGGCGCUGUCCUCCAAACGCAUGUAA